GGAAUGCACAGUCUCAUGCAGCUGGGCUAUAAUUGCUCUGAUGUGAGCCAAGGGAGCAACGAACAGCAAGUGACUGCCUGGCCAGAUAAUAUAAAUCCUAGUAGCUCAAGGAUCCUCUGCUUCUGCUUUCCCUACUUGGAGUGCAAAUUCACCUCAAAGGAACCAGGGAGAUGGAGGGAAAUGGAACUGAGCAGGUUAGAGUCCGGCUCUCUAAGUCGCUCUCAGAAGGUGAAAAAGCGACUGUUGCUUCCAGAAAAGAAGUUGUGAAGAAGGGGCUUGCCAAGUUUGGGAUUUCAGCUGAUGUGAACAAAGCCCCCAAUAUUGCUAUCCUGGGAUCAGGGGGAGGUCUACGGGCCAUGAUUGCCCUUUAUGGGACACUAGUGGAAUUAAAGAAGAACAAUCUCUUGGACUGUAUUACAUACCUAGCUGGAGUGUCAGGUUCUACUUGGUGCAUGUCAUCCGUCUACAAACAUGAAGACUGGCCACAAAGGAUAGAGACCCUGGAAAAACAUCUGGUUGAAAAGCUUGCUCAAAACAAGUGGAACUCAAAAGAGGGAACAAAAGCUGUAGCUGAUGCUGCAGAUGAAGACAACUACUCCCUGACUGAUUUUUGGUCCUAUUUAAUUGUGCAUCAGUUGUUAAAUGAGAUGGAUGAGACCGAACUUACUAUACACACAAUGCCUGCAGAGAGAGGGAAAGCGCCUUAUCCCAUCUAUGCAGCUGUGGACAAAAACACCUACCAUAAACAAACUGAAGGCAGCUGGUUUGAAUUUACCCCACAUGAAGUUGGCGUUCCUGGCCUUGGAGCAUAUGUAGACCUCAGAUACUUUGGGAGUGUUUUUGAAAAUUGUCAACUGAAAGAAAGGAAGGAGGAGAAAGACGUCUGCUAUCUGCAGGGUUUAUGGGGAAGUGCUCUUGGCAGUGAGCGAGAAAUUUAUGAGUCUAUAAAAGAUUCCUUAGGGUUAUUCCCAAAUCAGGACAGAACAAGAGAUGGAGAUACUUGGGAUUUCCAGGUUGUGAGCACAUUUUACCAGGCUUAUCAGUGUAUUGUGGAGCUACAUCUGCGUGUAGUGGAUGGAAAAGAAGUGGAUGCACUUUUUGACCGCCUUGAAAAACUCCUGAACACACCCAAGACCACUAAAAGCUAUGAAAUGGUUCGAACGAUGCGUAAGGCCUGGCCUUCUUCAGAUGAAAUAAAAAGAAAGAAUUACUGUAUUGGACUGGGCAAAGCUUUGGAAGAGGAUUUUGGAAUAUUGGACAAGAUUCUAGGCAAACCCUUGGAAGUCAUUAAAGAUAAAGUCGUGGACAAGGUUGUGGAGAAACCUUUGGAAGUAAUGAAAGAUAGCAAAGUACUGGACAAGGUUGCGAAGAAACCCCUGGAAACAAUGAAAGAUAAAGCCGUGGACAAACCUAUGGAAGUAAUGAAAGAUAAAGUCGUGGACAAGCCUAAGGAAGUAAUGAAAGGUACUGGUAAACAACUUGGCAAAAUUGUGAAAACACCUGUGGAAGCAGUUAAAAAUGGCAGCCAAGUGAUUCCAAAUCCGAUCAUUCCUGGAAGAAAGCCAGUUGGUCAGCUGGACCCGAGGGGAAAACCUCCAUCAGAGGGGCUAGCAGAAGCUGCCAACAUUCCCUACCGUGUUUUGCGCUUUCUCAAUGUGGUUAGAACGUCCUAUUCCAGCCUUUUGACGUGGACGUGGGGGACCAACAACAACUUCCUGUAUAAAUGCGCCGCGGUUAAUUCUCCUGAUCUGACCGAAGAACCAGUCCUCAAUCUGAUAGAUGCCGGUUUGGCCAUCAACUCUGCUUACCCACUUAUUUUGUACCCUGAGAGGAAUGUCAAGCUGAUCCUCUCUUUUGAUUUCAGCUCUGAGGAUCCUUUUGAGGUAAGUCAAGAUGAGGAAAGAACAGCUGCCAACAUUCCCUACCGUGUCUUGCGCUUUCUCAAUGUGGUUAGAACGUCCUAUUCCAGCCUUUUGACGUGGACGUGGGGGACCAACAACAACUUCCUGUAUAAAUGCGGAAAAAUUGCAGAAUACCAUAAACUGUAUUCUACCUUCAAGAGAAACUACACCCGUGAAGAAACAGAAAAACUCAUCAAUGCAGCCAAGAAAAUGUUGUCAGUGUUCAGCAAAAGAUUGUGGAAGAGAUCAAGCGUACUGUGGGUUCGCAACGCGCUUAGGCAAUGUGAUAAAGUAGUGGACAGGGUUGUGGAGAAACCUUUGGAAGUAAUGAAGGGUUUAUGGGGAAGUGCACUUGGCUGUGAGCAAGAAAUUUAUGAGUCUAUAAAAGAUAAAGUCGUGGACAAACCUGUAGAAUUAAUGAAAGAUAAAGUCAUGGACAAACCCAUGGAAGUAGUGAAAGAUGGCAGCCAAGUGAUUCCAAAUUCGAUCAUUCCUGGAAGAAAUCCAGUUGGUCAGCUGGACCCAAGAAGAAAACCUCCAUCAGAGCAGCCAGUGGAAGGAAAAAUGGCAAGAUACCACAAACAGUAUUCUACCUUCAAGAGAAACUAUGCCCUUGAAGAAACAGUAAAACUCAUCAACGCAGCCAAGAAAAAUGUUGUCAGCGUUUGGAAAAAGAUUGUGGAAGAGAUCAAGUGUAUUGUGGGUUCGCAAUGUGCUGAAGCAAUGUGGUUAGCCAUUGCUUAA